GACAGAACUCGCAUCUCGUCGCCGCCGUCCAUGGAGCCUCGAGCCACGUCACUGUCACCGGAAGGAGGGAGAAAACCCGAGCUGGAGGAGCUGCGUCCAGUCGCCACUGUCACGCCACUGACCGCCACUGUUCCAUCGUUGCCGUCAAUGGGGUUUCGCCAGAAGAGAGGAGACGCACGAGGGGGAGCCCGACGUGCGUGAAGAAGAGGGGAAGAGGUCCGAGGCUGAGAUGGUUCCUGUCACUGCCGUCUACCUCCGUCACUGCCGAACCGCUGCCCCACGGUGCCUAGCUGGAGCUUCUGUUACUGUUGCCGGAGAUCUGUGGUUGUCGAAAAAUACCACUGUUGUUGCUGCCAAAGGAGGAAGAAGCUGUGCCGCUGUUCUGGCCGCCAAGAGCAGUCUUGUGGCCACCGGAAACACCGACGGGGAUGUCGCUACUUGGCUCAGUCACUUCUUCUUAGUUGCGCCACCGUCUGGGUCACGUGGAGGGAGGAAGAGCCGCUGGGUGUUGCCGCACCUUGCCUUCGCCGCCUCUGUCGCCGAAAACAGCCGCUGAGUCCUCUGUAUUGAGCUGUUUAUGCUGCUGCGAAAGUGUGUGGGGCUGUGAUUUGAAGCUGUCGUUGAUUUUGGGUCGAGACGAAAGGCUUUCUGAGAGGCUUUUGGGUUAUGGUUUCAAUUUGUCGAGGUAGGGGCCUUUUCAAAAAAAAAGCAUAUUUUAUAUAUUGGAAUUAUUAUAUAUGGAUAUUAUGUGGUAAAAUUGUAGCCUUGAGUGAUUGUAUAAGUCUUAUGUAAUGUUGGAUGUCUUGAAUGAAUAUGAAUGCUUGUGUGACUAGAUUAUUAUUCG